UCAUGACAGUUUAACGCGACGACCCGAAGGACGCAGGCGCUCCUCGAAUGGAGUUGUAUCCCACUACCACACAUACAAAUCCCCUUGCUGGUACUCUCAGACUCAGUUCUCACCGUCUGGCCAAACAUGCAGUACUUGUACUUUAUGUCGUAGCAUGGUUGCGUGUGUUGCGUGAUCCUAAAACAGUGUUAGUGUAAAUACGACGAUUAGCGAGUUGAAAAGUGUGUCUAUUUGAUAGUCGAACUAUCGAACAACAUCAAAAGUGUUUAUGCAAGUUGACGAAUGAUUGAUACAUAUAUGUGGAAGAUAUUGUGUGAACUGCAAUGUCGGACAUGAUUAUGACGCAAGUGCGAGGUGCGCGAAAGGCGCAGUGAUCCGUGCGGAAACUCGACAUCAAUCGGGACGGUCUGUGCUGUAUACGAUGGAGUCGAUCAGAAAAUGGUUCUACAGGCCUAAGAGAGAUGAUACCAGUCUUCUGGCUCAGUUCUUCUAUGCCAACGAGGCUCUAACAGCUGUUGCCUGUGAAUUGGACUCAUUCGAUGGGAGACAAGAGCCAGAACGAUGUACAACACUUGUUAAUCAACUGCGUCACUGCCAGGACAAAGUUUUGACGAUAUGCAAUCAGAUAAUGGACGAGUUGAUACCUGAAAGUCGUGCAAAUCGAGACUUCAGGGUGAAAUUUCCAGACGACGUUAUGCAGGAGAAUCUUGCUGGGCAAUUGUGGUUUGGUGCGGAGUGUCUGGCGGCGGGCUCAUCGAUAAUGAAUCGAGAAGUUGAGAGUUCUGCGAUGAGACCCCUUGCCAAAGCUCUCACAAAGUCUCUGGAAAUCGUACGCAACUUACUUAGGGAACAUGCACUCAAGGGCCACAUGAACUUAAAGGAAUUGUUUCAGGCGCAGAAUCCUUUGGAGCCAUUUUUAGAGAAGCUCAUUGAAUCACUCAAGAUUUUUGAUCGACUGUUUGCUGACUUUGAGCUGUGUUAUGUUGCGGCAAUGGUGCCUGUUAAGUCAACCAAGGAGUACGAACAGCAAGAACUUGUUUGCGUUCUAUUCUCUGAGACACUCCAAAGAGCACUUGAACGCGGUUUAUUAAACCAAGCCGAUAUUGAUAAUUACGAACCAGCCCUCAUGUUUACCAUUCCAAGACUGGCUAUUGUGGCGGGUUUACUCGCACCACCUGGUGGCCCGCUGUGUCUCAGUUUUCCUGAUACAAUAAGCGAAAUGUUUAGACCAUUUAGAAAUUUAUUAUUAAAAAUACGGGAACUCCUCUGGACUCUGAACAAUCGAGAGCUCUACAUGCUGGAAAAACUUCUGUGUUCAAAUGAAGAACCAUCAGCCCCAAUGUCUCAGUCAACGAAAAAUGUUUGCCAACAAGACCUUGAGGAAUUUGUUCACAAUUUCUACACAGAUUAUCCAAACUGUAAAGAUUUUAUUGUAGGUUUUUACACAGUUACAAAGAAUACAGGCUCUAAUAUGGAUGAAGUGGCAAAUGAAGCGGUUGAAAUUUUGGAGCAAGAGAAUGCCAGAAUAGAGUAUCUUAUUGAGAGAAGAUUGAUUGACAAGCCAGACAGGGAAAAGAGAAAAGAUAGGAAACACAAAGUACAGAAAGCAGAACAUUCCAAUAGUUGUGCUCAUGUCCAUGCCCAUGUCCAUGCUCACGCCCAUGCCCAUGCCCAUGCCCAUGCUCAUGCUCAUGCUAGAGAAAUUAUUCCUAAAGAAGCGACUAGUGUCCAAGAGUUAAAUGGUGUUGAUACUACCGAGGUAGAAAUAAUGGCUAAUCAAUUGAGGAAUGGAGAUUCAGCGUCUAACCAAUAUUUCGUUGGUCCAGGACACUCGGAUAAUUCACAAAGUAAUGAAUUUGUAACAAGUGAGAGCCCACCAACUGGCAAUGUAGAAGGAUUUCUAAGUCCUGACAUUUCCCAAAUUCUUGGAGCAACUGGUAACAUUGAAAUUCCUCAGACCCAGUAUCUACUGAAUCAAGUAUCUCACGAGAACAAUGUGACCGGUGAAACAAUUCACGUUGACAAUUCACUGCCUGAUAUGGAUUCGAAAAAACUCAUUUCCGAAGCUAAUAAAACUCUCUCAAGUUUAUUACUAGAGGGUGAAUGCCCAAAUGAAAUAUCCGAACAAACAGAUUCUGGUAUUUGCACAGUAAUAUCAUCAGAAAAUACAAGUUUGUACGAUAAGAGCCCGGAGGAGAAGAAAACGUUUGGCAAUGAGGAGCAGAUUAUUGGCGGUGAUGGUGAUGACGAAAAUUUACAUGAAACAUCCAUUGCAUUUUCAAGUUCAUCUUCAUCAAAGGACAAUAAUGCUGCUGACAAUUUGUGUACGUGCGUAACGAGUGAGAAAACCAUAUCGUUAGGUAACCAAGUUGAAAUAUCCAGUCAAAAUUACUGUUGUAGUGAAAUAUCGAAAAAUGUACCUAGAAUAGCUUCGAAUUUCAAUGGGACCAAUGAAGAAUUUGUCGGCUUGGCAUAUGGAAAUGGACAAAUUACAGUUUGUGAUUCCAAUCAAUCAACCUUUCAGGUCAAUUAUUCGGAAAAUUGGGAAAAUCUCAAUCUCAAUAUUGAUAGUUCUCGAUCGACAAAGGAGUUUUGGAGGGAUUUAAAAUGUAAAAAUUGCCCCUCUACAUCUCAAGAUAUCAAUAAAAUCGGUAAUAAUAUUGAAAAAUAUGCGCAAGAGAGAAUAUCCACUCGAAAGACUAAAGAGAAUAAAUUGAAGAAACGUCAACGGAAAUUUGAUAGGAAAAUAGGAAAAAGACUUCAUGAGGAUAUGCAGAGGAGUUUGUCUUGCAGUGUUCGCGGUAGUGGUCCUUUGUCACCAAGUACUGAGAGUUCACGAUCAAAUUCAACCGAUCGUUGUCUAUCCAAUCCAAGAUUGUCACAUUUUGGAGCUAGUCUUCACCCCAGUCAAAACACUAGACAAAUGCCGACUUUUGGCAGUCAUAGUCCUCAGAGGAGUCCUCGCUUAUGCCACUUUGAGCCAAGAUCAUCGGAAAUUUAUCAUAAUCAAACUUAUGGAUACCGAAGUCAGUUCAAUUCAUCAUCUCACAAUCGAAAAUUAUUGGACCAGAGACGAUCGAGAUCAGAACAACUGGCCAAAAUGAGGAAGAAGGAGCCUCGAUAUGAGAAUGAUACAAAACGUCAGAGUAUUAUUGAACCUCAGCAAGUACUUCCGAAUGACGGUCUUGGCCCCAGAACGGACAAAAGUGGUCUAGCUAUAGAAACGUCUCCUCCUGGGAGUGCUCAUAAUGUCUGCAACUGCGAAGAAACUCAGACUGAAGAGGAAGAGCAAAUUACAAUUAAAAAAUCUCAUUCGCCAGGUCUUGUUAAUUCUGGUGUUAUUGUCGCUAGGGCAUCAGCAAUGCUAGCCACACCAACAGCUACAGUAGCAGCCCCAGCAGUAAUACACACCAACUCAUCCAUUCAACUUCCACCCACAUGCAGACCUCCCACAGAUAUUGCAUCUAGCUCAAGCUGCUCCAGCUGCUGUGAUUCCAGUUCGGAGACAAGCGAAUUUCAAAGUGACUGUCAGGACGAUGAGGAAAUCGCACUUGCAAUGCAAGCAGCUGAAAUCGCCAAUAGAAAUCAAAUUAGAGCUAAAUUCAGGUCUUCGGAAGAUUUGGUUCAUCGGCUAUUCGUCUGUAUAGCAGGAGUUGCUGAUCAGUUGCAAACAAAUUUUGCAUCAGACCUGAGAAAUAUCCUAAAAUGUGUCUUCCUCAUGAAUAGCACACAAAUUGAAAAUAACGAUGAAGUUAAUUCUAUCAAUCAACCAACACAAUCUGAGAGAUUAAAUACCAUUGAAAGUUUAGACAAUAGGACGGAUGUUGAGCUACAGGAUUCCCUACAAGAUGAAGAUGACGAUAUCGACGAUGGAAAUACAACGAAUGAACCAAGCUGUCCAGUGACAGAGAGAGGUGAGGAGUGUGUAGAACGAGCGCCUGCAUGGGUGCCAGACAACGAUGCACCAAGAUGUAUGGCAUGCCAAGCUGGCUUCACCGUUGUAAGACGUAGACAUCACUGCAGAAAUUGUGGUAAAGUAUUUUGUGGUCGCUGCAGCAGUAAUAAUGUUCCCUUACCUCGAUAUGGACAUACCAAGCCGGUGCGCGUUUGCAACAGGUGUUUUCUCUAUCAAGUGACACCCUUCACUGUAUCACAAGUAACACCAACUAGCUGAAUACUUUGACCUCGUUGCCAGAGGGUGAAAGAUGCCUAGAAAUUCUCCCACUCCACGGUGACUCUAUAUUUUUUCCAAAUAAAGUGAAUAAUAAUAAUGCUGAAUACCUUUAUUCAAAUGUUAUGUAGUCAUGUCAGCUUUAUGAAAAAAAAAAUAACGAAAAAAAUAACACCUAAAAAUUCAGCAUCAAUGGUUCAACAGCAUUCUUCGCCAUUUACUUAGUUACUUACUGUUUAUGAGAGCUCUGAUUGAUGUAGCUAACGAGAAUUUAUUGAUUAGAGGGUGAAAAAUAUGAAGAAAUUAAUUCCAUUUCAUUGGAAGGAUCACACAAUUGCCUGUGUAUAAAUAUCUUGGAAGAAAAUGCAUCAUAAGCGCAUCAUAAUUAUUUGUUUGUGCCAAAUUCAGAAGACAAUAAAGUUUCUUCUGUCCAUUUCAAAACACAUGUAAUUCCAAAUCUAUAAUGUAAUAUAUAUGCAAUUGAUGUAUUCGGAAUGAAAAACACUGGGGGGAAUAUAAUUUUGUGAAGCGCACUGGCAUCCCAUUGGAUUUGCCCAUUUUGAUGCAGACACUUGUACAGAAUGAUGAAGAAACAAGAAGAAUUACAAAGAAGACUGUUCGAUUACUACAUGUCAGAGUAUUAACUACCGAAUUUUUACAACUUCGUUAAGUAAGCUAUUCUGAUUAAAUUUGUUAUUUUAGCCCAUGAGAAAAAUAUUAUUUAAAAAGAGAAAGUGGAAAAUUACCAAUUUUAUAAUACAGAUUCAACUUAUGACUUUUGAGUUGAUUGCAUCCCGAUUGAUAGAAAAUAUUUUCAUUUUAGUAUUCUCUAACUAUCCGUUUGUACAGAAUUAAAUACAUCACCGGGUUCGAAUAAGAUCAAGCAAUGACCAAGUGUUCUAUUACAAAAAAAAGGAAAAUAAAUUUUUAAAAACGUAAUUAUUACAUUGAACAUAUACCUACAGUCUUUUCCUAUUCCAGUUCUCAAA